UAACUCUAAGAAUUUUAUGCACUUAUACGCUAGACCCAGAGACAAGACAGAAUGCUCUUUCAGAAAUACUUUUUGAUUUUUACUGGAAUUUGUCUGGAAUUCUUGCCCGACUCUACUGAGUCGAUCAUGGAAAAUGAAGGGCCUACAAACCUUGUAUCAACAACUGAACUGAAAGAAGAAAUCUGUAAGAAAGCAGACUUCAAACUCUUUCAGGAAAAAUUGCUGGCACUGCAUAGCAAAACCGUUGAAGAGAUACAGCUCUCAAAGAAAGGGCAUGAUGGGAGUGACUUAGAAAAUUUCACAAACGAAAUAAGCUCAAAGAUUUUGGCAAUCCAACAUGAAGUGCGGGAAGAGCUGACAGCUGGUCUGAAUAACUUGCAGAAUGAGCUCAGCAGUCAAAUUCAAGCACAGCGUGAUGAAGCUAGAGAAAGUUUUGAAGCCUUCAAAACUGACCUACUGAAAAGUUUAAAUAUUGAUGGGCUGCCUUCUGAUUCCGACCCAAACUUUGACUGUAUGGAGUUGCCUGAUGGCGUCAACCAAAUAGUGACAGGUACUGGUCGUCAAUUUGAUGCAUACUGCCAAAACGGCUGGCUAUAUAUCACAAGAAGAUUUGACGGUUCAGUAUUCUUUGAUCAAGACUGGGUAUCCUACAAAGAAGGCUUUGGAGAUACUGAAGGUGAAUUUUUCCUUGGAAUGGACAACAUUGCCUCAAUUCUUGGACAAUUUAGUUAUAAACUAAAAAUUGAGUUCACAGUUUGGGACAAUAAUGAAACUAAAUGUGAAGCUGAGUAUCAAACAUUUGGAAUAGAAGACGAAGCAUCAGGAUAUACACUGUCUGUAGGGGAUUACAAUGGGACUUGUAGCGAUCAGAUGAUGUAUUCAAAUGGACUUAUGUUUUCAACACGUGAUCGGGACAACGAUGAAGAUGAUGAGCAUAAUGUAGCUUUACACAAUUUUGGCCCAGGUUGGUAUGGGAAACUGGGAGGGGGGUCAAAUAUAUUUGGCGUAUACAGCGAUGACCCUAAUUCAGAGUUCUGCCAACAGUGGAUGUGCAUGUUUUGGUUUGAUGAAGGAGAGGGGAAAACAAAAGUUAUAAAAUCUUUUGUCAUGAAAAUUAUUCCCUUAUAACGAUUAUGUCUUUUAUUUUAUUUUUGAAAAUGUAAAUAUGGAAGGUGUAGCAAACAAAAAACUGUAUUUCAAUCAAUGGGCAGGGAAUAUUAAUGAAAUAAUGUGAUGUAUGUACAAUGUGUACAUUAGUUGUACAAAUGAAGACUGGGGUAUAAUAAAGUACUGUGAAACAUGUUAAUUUCCAGAUUUAUGAGAACUAUACAUAACAUGUCCUAAAACUUUACAAUUGAUAUCCAUGAAUAAAAUUCUGAAAAUUUCUUCAUCUUGCCACAAAAUAUGAAGAAAUUCAGAAUUCAUGAAAUGCGCAUGCAUAAAUUUGACACAUUUUACAGUAGUCAAUAUCAAACCAAAUGGUGAUGAUCAUAUACACUUACCUAAUGAGCUGAGCACCUCUGCGACAUUAUUACUGACAAUUGUAGAGACGAAUGAGAAGUAUCCUCUUCGUAGCAUUUUCUUUUCAUUGGUUGCCUGGGUGUCUCUCUCAUCAGAGGGCGCAGAAAGUGUGGUGAAUAUGGUUUGUACUAAUGGAAGGAAUACUUGUUGUAAAAAUGGCACGAUAAGUUGCUGAAAUAUAAAAUAAUAUAUUUCUCAUA